UCCCCACCCGCACCCUUUCCAAAAAUAAAAAACCAAAUAACAAUAAAAAAACAAGAUGGAGAAUGGCUCCGCAAGCAUGAGGAGCGAGAUCGUCAAGAAAAGAAGCAGGAGCUGAGUUCCAACUGAUGAAAUUGAAGGUUUUACUGCUUAUCUGCGACAGCUUUGAGAGCUCACCACGUUUCGGAUUUCGAUAUUUUGAGCUCGAUUCAACACACCAUUCCCAAUUUCAAAACAUGGGUGCUUCAGAGUCUACUCUACAAGCACCGGGUGACAAAAUCACCACCGUAACUGAGCGAUCCGCAGCCUCUGACCCCAUCUUGGACAAGCUCAAAUCCCUCAAACUGACAUCGCCCAUUCUAACGUCUCCCCCAUCAGAGGGUACCUUGACUGAGAUCUUGGUGAGAAGGCCUUCCUCCUCAGUUCCAGCUAUAGUGAAUCCAAAGGUUAUACUGGAGCUCUUCUCAAUCUAUCGUGAGUGGCAAGAGGAAAAGGCUGAAAAAAUCAGCAAAAGACAGGAGGAGAUAGAAAACAAAAUAGAAGUCGCAGAUGCUCUGGCAAUCAAACUUCUUCAGAGAUAUAACUACUCCAUGUCCACAAUGAGGACUACUUCACAGCAUCUAUCGGGAGUUCAUUCACUUCAGGUGGAAAUUGGUGAGCUCAAAGGAAGGUUGACUGAAGUUAUCAAUAACUGCGACGCAUUGUGCAAGAGGAUUGCAGCAGAGGGCCCAGAAUCUCUCCAAUCUUCUGUCAAGCCCUUCGCAUUUUCUACAGUUGACAAAGAUAAAAACUUAGCCUCACCCUCUAGUUUGCCAACAGUUUCAGAAACAAAUUCACCUUCUACUGAUGCGUAGUUAGAUCAACAGGUUUGGUUCUUGUGCAUAUAUUCAGAGGGCUCCAUGCUUGUUAUUGAAUCUGAGGUAGUUUGGAACUUAGGGAUCACAUUCACAUGGUCGUCUAUUAAUAUUGUGUAUAGAGGUUUUCAUUUAAUUGAGAUCUAAUACGUGGCAACCUUUGGAGCUUUCCAGCCAUGCUACAAUGCUUCAACAAAGGGAGAUUUGUUCCCUAUCACUGA